GUCUUUGGAUGACGUAGAAGAAGAGGGACGCACACACAUGCCACCAGUGUUUUCACAUCAUUAUGGCAACAGUUAAAGUCAGCGAGGCUGAAAAAGUGUACAUUUUACACGGUAUACGGGAUGAUUUGAGAGUGGAUGGAAGAGGCUGUGAGGACUACAGACACAUGGAGGUAGAGACUGAUGUGGUGUCCAACACAGACGGAUCAGCCAAAGUCUCACUGGGUCACACAGUAGUUCUAGUUGGGAUUAAGGCUGAAAUAGGAAAACCAAGGCCCAUGGUGCCAAAUGAAGGUUAUUUGGAGUUCUUUGUUGACUGUUCAGCCAACGCAACCCCUGAAUUUGAGGGCAGAGGAGGCGAGGAGCUGGGGACGGAGCUGAGUAACACUCUCUACAAAGUCUUCAACAACAAACACAGUGUGGACCUGAAGAGUCUCUGCAUCAGUGCUGGAGAACACUGCUGGGUGCUCUAUGUGGAUGUGUUGCUCCUGCAGUGCGAUGGAAACUUGUAUGAUGCCAUCUCAAUAGCUGUCAAGGCAGCUCUCUUCAACACAAAAAUUCCCAGAGUGCAUAUAUCAGCAGAUGACGAAGGAGGAAAGGAAAUUGAGCUGUCAGAUGAUCCGUAUGACUGUAUGAGACUCAAUGUAGAAAAUGUCCCCUGUAUAGUCACCUUGUGCAAGGUGGGCCACAGACACGUGGUGGACGCGACUCUGCAGGAGAAGGCCUGCUCUGUGGCGAGCCUGAUUAUCUCUGUCACACACAAGGGCACGGUCACCUGCAUGAGGAAGGUGGGCGGAGGCAGCCUGGAUCCAGAGAGCAUCUUUGAAAUGACAGAGGCCGGUAAACGGGUCGGGAAAGCACUUCAUGCUCCGCUCAUGAAGCUGCUGCAGCAGGAGGAGAGUUUGGGAAAGAAGAAACAGAAAGUUGGUUUCCUUGGUUAAGAUCAACCACUGUAUCUACAGCGUGUAUGUACAUGUAAUUU